ACAGGUCUACACAGUAGUAGUCACAUGGCCUGCUCAUUCUCCAUCUUUUCCAUGAGAGAAAGGAAUAGAAUUUUAGCGGAAUAUAACUUCUUAAUUCCUUUUCAGCAUGACUCAGUCGGCAAAUACAUUGCUAUUCCUAACAUUUUUGGGCGUUAUUUGUUCAUUUAAGGCAAGUGACGAAGGAUGGUCUUACUAUAAACCAAACGGUCCAGACACAUGGUCCAGCAACUACCCUCAAUGCGGAGGACCUCAACAAUCUCCUGUCAAUAUUAUACCAAUUCAAGUGAAAUACGAUGGCAUGGAUGAACUGAAGAUUCAAUACCAGAAUGAUACAGCUUUGAACCUAUCUUAUAAGGGCAAAGCAAUCCGUGGAGCUGUUUUGUCCGACGCGUUCGUAGUGACAGGUGCAGGUCUCGAGGCGAAUUUUCGCUUGAAGGAGUUUCAUUUUCACGUAGGAUCUCAGAAUUCUCGCGGAUCUGAACACCAAAUAAGCGGAAAGGCUUUCCCAAUGGAGGUGCAAUUAAUACAUUACGAUAUAAUUGGACAAUCAAGCCGAGCUUUAGUUUUAUCGGUGCUUUUUACACUCCAAAAUAAAGACAACCUAGCUCUGAAUGGUAUCAUCAGUAGACUUCAAAACUGUAGCUGUAAAGGAGAUAGCAUUAUUAUCCCAUCAUUCUCGGUCAAAUCUCUGCUCCCCAAGGAUAUCACGCAGUUUUACCGUUAUUCUGGCUCCCUUACAACACCACAGUGCAACGACAGUGAAUGGCUUUUGUUUCAUGAAACAGCUCCCAUCUCCGAGCGCCAGUUGAAAACUUUUCGAGAAGUUCACAGAGAUUCACCUCAAAGCGAGAGCCCUGCUCAUCUAGUUGAUAAUUUCAGACCUGUUCAACCUCUUAAUAAAAGAAUCGUCAAGAGGAAUUUCGAUCACCUGCAGUUUCAUUGUGGGAAGAAGUCAGUCACAACUGCCGACUGCCGACAAACAGUCACUGGACAUGAUGUAUUUUACGAGGUGGAAGUUCAACCAUGUACCCUUCCUGUUUCAAUCAACUUUAGGAUAAGUGUUCCUGUUCUGGGAUUUGAGUAUUCUAAGACUUUAUUUGAAGACCAGAGAAUACCCAUUCCAAUAGCGAACCUGAAUUAUGGGGCUACUACUGAGAUGCACUUUCAUUCAAAUGGUCCAAGGGCAGGCUAUCUUCAUGUUACAGUUUAUCAAGCUCCUUUAUCAGCAUCUCAAGAAUCUAACAAAACUAAAGUCAUUGAUGAGUACUUUCAAGUAAAUGGUGUUUGUCAAAGGGCUAAUUGCAGUGUGGAUUCCUGGGAUAAACACUGGUGUACGAGCACUAUUGGCUUUGGCAACGAUUCUCUGUCCAUUGGGUUUUCAUCUGUCAUAAAUGAUCCUUGUAGAUCCAGCAGUAUGAUGGUGAAGAUUUAUCGGCAAGACUCGGAAAAGAAAUGGACGCUGACAGGAAUUCAAAACCUCGUUGACAAGCAAACGUGUACUGUGAAUCUUACAAAAUCCAUAGUGGUUAAAGAGGACAGAAAUGUUGUGAGAAGCAGGAGGGAUGUAACCAUGGAGACAAGGUGGUCUGUAGUGACAAUGGAUGCUCACAUUGACAAAAUUCCUGAUCUUAGUUUGAACUUUAUGCUCUUUUUUCAAACGACAUACAAUGGUGGUCAUUAUUUAAUCUUCAAUGAAAGUUACAUUUAUCCCAGCGGUUACUGCAACAGUCCCAAACCAGGAUCCAAAACUGGUCGCAAGGUUGCAAUAGGCGUGUCUGUCGUACUGGUGAUGUUACUCAUAAUUGGCAUCACAGGUGUUUUGCUGUAUCGCAAUCGUAAAGCAUAUUUUGGACACCGACCUGCACUUGUUGAUGAGAUAGACAUUCAAGAUGCUGAUACACUCUGAUGAACAAUAAACAGGAAAAGUAUUUUGUGUGUUGUAAUGCGAUCAUAAAGCAUAUUUUGAACACCGACCUGCACUUGUCAAUGAGAUAGACAUUCAAGAUGCCGAUACACUCUGAUGAACAAUAAACAAGAAAAGUAUUUUGGAAGACAAUUAUUGGUCCGUGUAACACUCCACAAAGAGCUUUUCAAUUUAGUUGGCGUGAAUUGGACAUAUGAAACUUGCCUGAUUUUUGAAUUUUCAUUUUUUAUGAUCAUGUCAAAAUUCGAAUAUUAUCU